AUGAAGACCGAGAAGAAGGAGAAGUCAGUGGAAGACAAACCCAAACGCAUAAAGAAGAAGGACAUUGAAGACACGAAAAUCCAAGAGUUGUUGUCUUCGUACUCGUCAACGGAUUCACUGCCCCGACAGUAUCUCUACUGUUUCGGCAAUAAGAUGUCGACAAUGACGCCAAAAGUGGUGAUGUUUUCGAUGGACGUCGGCGACGCUCCCAAGACUGAGGAACAGCUCAAAGCACAAGACGCUAAUCACAACAAACUCGAGGAACAGAUCAAAGAGCUGUCGGGCGCUCUGACGGCCGUAAAGCACGAACAGGAGUACAUGGCUGUCAGGGACCGCAUCCACCGGUCCAUCAACGAGAGCACCAACUCGCGGGUCGUCUUGUGGGCCUUCUUCGAGGCCUUAGUACUCGUGGCCAUGACUUUAGGUCAGGUCUACUAUCUUAAGAGGUUUUUCGAAGUGCGACGAGUCGUGUGA